AUGGCUCAACUCUGCGGCGACCUUGACGACGAGAUCAGCUUUUUCUUUUCGCAGACAUCCGCUACCAGAGCUGAAUGUGACGAUCUGGCCCGCACGAUGUUGGGAGGGCAGGUCAAACCUGUUUCAGUGCAAGGUGCAACUAGCUACACCGUGGUGGCGGGACGCAACCACGAUAAGAUCGUUCAGUUUCGAAGUACAGAUGCCCUGCUAGACGCGAGAAUGCUAGAGCUUGCAAAGCAGGUUCAUGGAGACAUUGUGCCCGUUAGUACUGCCCUGGGUCGAAUUGGCGAUGGCCCGCAACGACAGCUCGCAAUCUACGAGAUGAACAGACUCCCAGGGGACAAUUACGCCAUGGUGCGCACCUCUCUCGCGGAGGGACUGCAAACCCAGUUGACCGUCAUAUAUAGCCUAGCAAGUUUCUUUGCACAGGCGUGGCGUAACUCAAUUACUCCUGACCAGUAUGCUCGCUCGGCCAUAGCUACAGAGUUUUCUAGUAGGCUCGCCAACGUCUCUUCCUCCGGUAUUCUCACCGCUCGCCUCCAUCUAGCCUUCGAUGAAGUGAAAGAGCACUUGCCGAUGCUCAUUUCUGGAGAUUUACCAUUAGUCCUCACUCAUAGCGACCUCAAUGAGUUAAAUAUUCUUGUUGAUGGCGCCAGCGGUACUAUCACAGGGGUGAUCGACUGGACUGAUGCAGGCAUCCAGCCCUUUGGUCUUACCCUGUACGCCCGGGACAAGGUCAUUGGGAGCAUGGGUCCCAAUGGAUGGGUCUACCUCGACAAUGCGAACGUACUGAGGGAUGAGUUCUGGAAGGUGUUCGUCCAACACGCUGGACCGUUAUCUCAAAUGCAGAUAAAGAGCAUUGACAUUGGAAGAAAGGCAGGAUACUUGCUCCGGUACGGAACUUACUACAGCAGUACACAGAAGGGAGUUGUAGGGCUUGGAAACAUGAGCGUUGAGAAGAGACGUCAGUACCUUGAGGCAAUACUGUGA